AUUUUCUUUCUUGAACGGAACAACUAGGAACCAAAAACCAAACGGGAAGGUCCCCCAUCUCCCCGCAAAAUGUCUUAAUACGCUUCCCUCGCUACAGCCAAAAGUCAGAGAUAGCUUUGUUUAGAUCUCUUUUAUAUUCUCUUUUUCUCUGCCUUUUUUUUUUAAAUCCGAACACCAGAUUUUCUCGGGAAAGUAGGGAGCGAAAACGAUGUCGGACGCUUUGAUCAAUGGACUGGCGGGAGCCGGUGGAGGGAUCAUAGCUCAGCUCAUCACGUAUCCUCUUCAAACUGUAAAUACUCGUCAACAAACAGAGCGUGAUCUCAAGAAAGAGAAACGGAAACUCGGAACCAUUCAACAAAUGUGCCAGGUUGUAAAUCAAGAAGGAUGGGAACGGUUGUAUGGAGGCUUAACGCCUUCUUUAGUUGGUACAGCUGCAUCUCAGGGUGUUUACUAUUAUUUCUAUCAAAUAUUCAGGAACAAAGCUGAAGCUACAGCACUCGAACGCCAGAAAAAAGGGAUUGGUGAUGGAUCAGUUGGGGUGCUUUCGUCACUUAUUGUAGCUGCUUUAUCUGGGUGUGUAAAUGUGCUGUUGACAACCCCCAUUUGGGUCAUUGUGACACGCAUGCAGACUCACAAAAAAAUCUUAAAGAAAGACCAUUCUGAUAGGUCGACAACUACUGCUGUGGAGGAAACAGUGCUUUCUGUUAUUGAGCCUCUUCCUUAUGGAACUAGCCAUGUGAUUCAAGAGGUCUAUGAUGAAGCUGGAUUUUGGGGCUUCUGGAAAGGUGUAUUCCCAUCAUUGAUCAUGGUGAGCAAUCCUUCUAUACAAUUUAUGCUGUAUGAAACGAUGUUGAAGAAGCUGAAGAAAAGACGAUCUCUUCGUAAGAAGGGAAACAAUGGAAUAACUGCUUUGGAGAUAUUUCUUCUUGGAGCUUUGGCAAAACUUGGAGCUACUGCUGUGACAUAUCCUGUUCUUGUUGUAAAGUCAAGACUUCAAGCAAAGCAAGUUACAACUGGCGACAGAAGGCAUCAUUACAAAGGGACUCUGGAUGCUAUUCUGAAGAUGAUCCGCUACGAAGGCUUCUCCGGCUUUUACAAAGGUAUGAGCACGAAAAUCGCUCAAAGUGUUCUCGCUGCUGCUGUACUGUUCAUGGUUAAAGAGGAACUUGUCAGGGGUGCUCGACUGUUGCUUAUAAAGGGCAGGAUCAACACCGUGAAAUCCAAGCCUCCUUGACUGAAACUCCCCGCGCUCACUCCCAUCUGGCCCUCCAACUCCUAUUUAUUUGAAACACUAGUGAGUUGUGUUGGUCGAAAAUAUUCAAAUUGGAUUAUAGCAUUGACAGGCAUGUACCCUGAAAUAAAAGGGAUAUUUAAAAUGAUUAUUUAUUGAAAUGAAUUAUUAUAUGGUUCUAUAUACAGUUCAAAAUUUUAUUCUA